UUUCUGAAAAUCAUUUCCUUUUUCAGAAUGGGAAAGGGUAAAGGAGAGAUGCAGUGAGGGGCUCCAGGGUUGGGCAAGGACUGAGCAAAGACGCAGUCGCGCGGUCAGAGGUGGCGACGCCAUCAGCCCCAGGAGGAGCGGCGCUCCGAUCACGCUGCACUCCGGGAGGCUGGAGCCCGAGGCCCAGGAAGGCGCUUGACCACCGGUCGAGGCCCGCGCCGCCUUCGGAGUUGGCGCAUAGCAGCCUCCGCAGGCAGGUCGGCUUCAGGUGCAAAACUGUGUGAGGGCGCCAAGCAGGAGCACGCCCCGCCACAUCCCCUGGUGCGGCUGCUCAGCACACCGAGCAUCUCGGGUGCGGGGGACUGGCUCGGCCCCGAAGAGCACUCCAACCCGUCUAAUCCGGCCACCGAGGUUAAACGUUUCCCCACCUCCGCGGCCACGGUACCCUCAGGGCCGGCUUGACCCUGAAGCCUAAGAGUCGGCUUUUCUGAUUGGCUGAGAGUACAAACGCAAGCGAGCGCUGACUGAGACCCGCUCUUUGAUUGGGUUUUAAAUGAACAGCAGAGCACGAAAUAAAGAGGCCUUCAGUCAUUGGGCCAUUGUGUGAAUCUCCUUUUGGCUUUCUCUGCCGCCUGAAUAAGCGUCUCAGGAUCUUCGUCAUGAGUCUUAAAUCUGGGCCUGUCAGUUCGCCCCAGCAUUACUCGUCUCUAAGCAGGGCAUGGGGUUUACGGAGUUCAACCAAUCAUAUGACGCCGAGAUCAGGUUGCCAGGCAGAUUAUGCUAAUAAGGCCCCGCCUUUUAUGCUGCUCCCACUCUGCGGCGGGAAGAACCACCUGGAGGUGGCGGGGGGGGUUUGAUUUCCAUCACCCCUAGGGAGAGAGGAUCGGGGACCCGCUGAUCUUCCAGCUCCCCUCACCCAACGUCGUGCUGAAGAAUCUGAAGCUCAGAGAGAGUAAACAAAUUGUCAAAAGCUCUAAGUGGCAGAUCCAAGAUUCUAAGCCAGGCUAUCCGACUCCAAAGCUUGCCCUGCUAGAAAUACAGCAAAUCUGAGUUCCUAUUCCAGUUGCUGUAGUGUUUAUGGAAACUAAUUUAAAGCAAGCUCAAGCAGCUCUCCUUUAAGUGGAGACUAAUUUCUAUGCAUGUUGCAGAGAGGUCUUUCUGUCCUUCAUGAACACGCGCGUGGUGGACAGAUGACUGUCCCCCACCCUGUGCUGUUCUAGGUGCCCUGGACGUGGAGCUGUCCAGUAGGGGGAAGGAUGGAUUCCAAAGAUGACAGCUCACACGUGUGGUCUACAUCUGCAGAACAUGAAGAGAAUGCUGCACAGGUGCACUUUGUUCCUGACGCUGGAACUGUGGCUCAGAUUGUCUACACCGAUGACCAGGUUCGUCCACCCCAGCAGGUGGUAUACACGGCAGAUGGUGCCUCCUACGCUUCAGUGGACGGUCCUGAGCAUACGCUGGUGUACAUCCAUCCUGUGGAAGCUGCACAGACUCUGUUUACAGACCCAGGGCAGGUAGCUUAUGUCCAGCAGGAUGCUACAGCUCAGCAGGCCUCAUUACCGGUGCAUAACCAGGUGUUACCUUCAAUUGAGGGUGUGGAUGGUUCAGACCCUUUGGCAACACUGCAGAACCCUAUGGGUAGACUGGAGGCCAAAGAGGAAGAGGAUGAGGAUGAGGACGAAGAUACUGAGGAAGAAGAGGAGGAGGAUGGUGAAGACACAGACCUGGAUGACUGGGAACCGGAUCCGCCUCGGCCCUUUGACCCGCAUGACUUAUGGUGUGAAGAGUGUAAUAACGCUCAUUCUUCAGUGUGCCCAAAGCAUGGCCCCUUGCAUCCAAUCCCCAAUCGGCCUGUGCUCACUAGAGCGCGAGCGAGCCUCCCCCUGGUCCUCUACAUCGACAGGUUCCUUGGAGGGGUGUUCUCCAAAAGGCGCAUUCCCAAGCGCACCCAGUUUGGCCCUGUGGAGGGACCCCUCGUCAGGGAGUCCGAGCUGAAAGACUGUUACAUUCAUCUGAAGGUUUCUCUUGAGAAAGGGGACAGAAAAGACAGGGAUUUGCAUGAAGACCUGUGGUUUGAAUUGUCUGAUGAGACCCUAUGUAACUGGAUGAUGUUCGUACGUCCAGCCCAGAAUCACCUGGAGCAGAACCUGGUGGCUUACCAAUAUGGCCACCAUGUGUAUUACACAACAAUAAAGAAUGUAGAACCCAAACAGGAACUGAAGGUGUGGUAUGCUGCAUCCUAUGCUGAGUUUGUGAACCAGAAAAUUCAUGACAUUUCUGAGGAAGAAAGGAAAGUUCUUCGCGAGCAGGAGAAGAAUUGGCCCUGCUACGAAUGUAACCGCCGAUUUAUAAGCUCGGAGCAGUUGCAGCAGCAUCUCAAUUCCCAUGAUGAAAAACUGGAUGUGUUUAGCAGAACAAGAGGCAGAGGAAGGGGACGAGGCAAGCGGCGAUUUGGCCCAGGUCGACGGCCAGGGCGCCCUCCAAAAUUUAUCCGCUUGGAAAUAACCAGCGAAAAUGGGGAAAAGUGUGAUGACACGACACAGGACUUGCUACAUUUUUCCACCAAGGAGCAGUUUGAUGAGGCUGAGCCAGCGACUCUGAACGGGCUGGAUCAACCAGAGCAGACUGCUCUCCCCAUCCCACAGCUGCCACAGGACACCCAGCCUUCUCUGGAGCAUGAGCCAGAGACUCACAGUCUGCAUCUGCAGCCCCAGCAUGAGGAGAGCGCGCUGCCCGCCCAGAGCACUCUGACGGCUGAUGACAUGCGCAGAGCCAAGCGUAUCCGAUUGGAGCUGCAGAAUGCAGCUCUUCAGCAUCUGUUUAUCCGGAAGUCCUUCCGGCCUUUUAAGUGUUUGCAAUGUGGGAAGGCCUUCCGUGAAAAGGACAAACUGGACCAACAUUUGCGCUUCCACGGGCGGGAGGGGAACUGCCCGCUGACCUGUGAUCUCUGUAACAAGGGCUUCAUCAGCAGUGCGUCCUUGGAGAGCCACAUGAAGCUCCAUUCAGAUCAGAAGACUUAUUCUUGCAUUUUUUGCCCAGAAUCCUUUGACCGCCUUGAUUUGUUGAAGGAUCAUGUGGCCAUUCAUAUCAAUGAUGGCUGUUUCACCUGCCCAACCUGUAAGAAACGAUUCCCAGAUUUUAUCCAGGUGAAAAAACACGUGCGAAGCUUCCACUCGGAAAAGAUCUACCAGUGUACAGAGUGCGACAAGGCCUUCUGUCGUCCUGACAAACUGCGUCUCCACAUGCUCCGACAUUCGGACCGCAAAGAUUUCCUGUGUUCCACAUGUGGAAAGCAAUUCAAGCGAAAAGACAAACUACGGGAACAUAUGCAGAGGAUGCAUAAUCCUGAGAGAGAGGCCAAGAAAGCCGACCGCAUCAGCCGCUCCAAGACGUUCAAGCCUCGUAUCACGUCCACGGACUACGACAGCUUCACGUUCAAGUGCCGCCUGUGUAUGAUGGGCUUCCGGAGACGGGGCAUGCUGGUAAAUCACUUAUCAAAGAGGCACCCAGACAUGAAGAUAGAAGAGGUGCCAGAGUUAACUCUGCCCAUCAUAAAACCCAACCGCGAUUACUUUUGUCAGUAUUGUGAUAAGGUUUAUAAAAGUGCCAGCAAGCGAAAAGCCCAUAUUCUGAAGAACCAUCCAGGGGCUGAGCUCCCACCAAGCAUUCGCAAACUCCGUCCAGCUGGCCCUGGAGAACCAGACCCCAUGCUGAGCACCCACACCCAACUCACUGGCACGAUCGCCACCCCUCCCGUCUGCUGCCCUCACUGCUCCAAACAGUACAGCAGCAAGACCAAGAUGGUACAACACAUUCGAAAGAAGCAUCCAGAGUAUGCCCAGCUCCCUAACACCUUACAUACACCACUGACAACAGCCGUGAUCAGUGCUACCCCAGCUGUGUUAACCACAGACAGUGCCACUGGAGAGACCGUGGUGACAACAGACCUCCUGACCCAAGCCAUGACAGAGCUGUCCCAGACGUUAACAACAGAUUACCGGACGCCGCAAGGGGACUACCAGAGAAUUCAGUAUAUUCCUGUGUCACAGUCUACAUCUGGUCUUCAGCAACCGCAGCAUAUACAGCUGCAGGUGGUGCAAGUAGCUCCGGCCACGUCCCCUCACCAGUCUCAGCAGUCCACCGUGGACGUCGGCCAGCUCCACGAUCCUCAGACCUAUGCCCAGCAUGCCAUCCAGGUGCAGCACAUCCAAGUCACAGAGCCCACUGCCCCUGCUUCAUCGUCAUCCCAGGUAUCUGGGCAGCCCUUGAGCCCUGCCUCCCAGCAGUCCCAGCAAGGGCUCAGUCCCUCCCAUAUACAAGGCAGUUCCUCCACACCCGGCCAGGCUCUCCAGCAGCAGCAGCAGGGCUCCUCUGUACAACACACCUACCUACCCAACGCUUGGAAUUCUUUCCGUGGCUACUCAUCAGAGAUUCAAAUGAUGACGCUUCCCCCAGGUCAGUUUGUGAUUACAGACAGCAGUGUGGCCACUCCUGUCACCACUGGCCAAGUGAAGGCAGUUACGCCGAGUCAUUAUGUGUUAUCAGAAGGUCAACCAGAAUUGGAGGAAAAGCAAGCUUCUGCUCUCUCUGCGGGAGUCCAGGUUCAGCCAGCCACACACGGUGACUUGGACCCCCAGACCACCAGCCAACAGCAGCCCACACAGUACAUCAUUACAGCCACCACCAACGGGAAUGGGAGCAGUGAAGUGCAUAUCACUAAACCUUAACUUCCACCCUGGAGCUAGAAUCCAGCAGUCACAUCAUGUCUUUUCUCAUUCAGAAGUCUGAAAGCUUCCAACAGUUGGAACUCUUUUUUAAGAUUUAUCAUUCACUCAAGAAUUUGGAAACCACAGUUUUGACACUGUACACACCCCAGGGCUUCUUUUAUCAAGGUCAUCUUUACCAAAAUGACUCUUCAAACCCUAGGAACUUCUGCCAUGGAAUGGAGACCUUUAAGCGGAAAGUGGAUUUCAAGGUGGAGAGACUUUGCCUUGCUCUUGAGUUGUUUUUUUUUAAUACAUUGGUGGGCCUUACUUUUCCUUUGUGGAAAUAUUAAGUGGUGUAUCACGUUUGUACCAAAGGUGGAGAAAGGAUGUGCCAAGUUCAUGGCCACUGGACUUCUUAAUUCUGCGCCGUGGCACCAUAGGAGAGGGGCAUUUCAUUAGGUCAGAACUGCUUCAUCUUCUGAGUUUGCAUUUUCAGUAAUUUAACAAAGGGAUCCUAUUGAAUAUGAAAAUAAAAAUGAUGAAUAGGUUUGACAGUGAUGUUCUGAAGGAAAAAUUGUUGUCUAGAUUUUUCUUAUUGCUGAUCAAAACAAAACAAAACAAAACAAAACAAAACAAAACAAAACGACUUGCCUCUUUGGGAAAACUGUUGGCAGGCCAUUACUGGUAGUGCUUUGCACAGAUGCUGGCCUUCAGCAGCUUAGGCCAGAACCUCCUGUUCUGAUAGAAGUUACUUUCUUAGUCUACAAUGGUAGACUCCCUGUAAGAGAAAAGGUUUGUUUGAUGUCAGCAGAAUUUGAACUCCUACAUUAAAGCUUUGCCUCCUGUUCUCUGGUUGUGGUGUAUUAAAAAGGAGGCAUUCAAGAUACCGGUACCAAGAAAAAUUACUAAGAUAAUUAUGUAUAGAUAAAGUGGAAAGCACUGAAGCCUUGUCCUGCCUUGCAGGAUCCAUUUACCAUUCACUGGUGAAGGAUGAAUUCCUUGAUCUUACCAGGUGUACAUUCAACUCACAUCAUUCAGUGUAUUUUAAUACUUCUCAUGCUGUCUUAAAAUGAACAUUCUUUAAGGUUGGAUGGAAAAGUGGCCCUCCUUAUUUCUUAACACUUUUAACUUCUGCAUAUUAUAACUCAUCUGGACCUUUUGAUAAGAUGACCACCUUCACACUUAGGGGAAAAAUAGAAAUAUUGGGACCAUUUAUAUGUCAAGGCAAUUAUAAGGGAUAUGGAAGAAAUCUAAUCUUUAUGUAUCUUACACUGUCAUUUGGGAGAGGGAAAAAAUCUGCUCAGUGACAGUUUUGUUUUCUUUUUUUUUUUUUACAUGUCUUCCUGUUUGCAGUCUUGUUAACUAUGAAUUCAAUGGAGAGAAAGUAUUUCCCUUCUUUUUACUGUACAUUCCAAUUGUACACAUAAAACAUCACAGAAAUCAGAAGGUAUUUUAACAACUUUUUGUGACAUACUAACGCAUUUUUAGAGUACUUAUUGUGUGAUAGAACUUACCACUCCAGAAUAGAAAGACCUAACUUCAAUUUCAAAUGAAGUUAGCUAAUCUAUUUUAUUUACAUUUCUGGGUAAAAACUCAUUCUGUAAAUUAAAAGUAUAGGCUUCAUCACAGUAAAGAUACCUUCCUGGAAAGGAAACAAUUCUGUUGAAAUAACUUUACUAAUAUGUAGAUUUUGCACUUUAUUUUUGAGACCUCAUCCAUUCAGUUAUCCCUGAAAAUUUGGGCACUAAGAGAAUAUGAGAAAGUUACUUGAUAAAUGUGUAGGAACUAGGGAUGGACUCUAUCUUUGGUAACAAAGAGGUAAUGUCGAUGUUUUCAAUAGAAAAUAUUGACCCUGAGUCACAAAACAGAGACUCUGGGUCCCAAAGUCCCACAGUGUAAUGAUUGUAAAUAUCUUAGUGUCCGAUCUAGAAAGACUAGGUGAGGAAUAUUAGACUUUGCCAAAGGUCCAGUUUAAUUUUUACACCUUAAAUUUGGCCCUGUUGGGUCCUUUUUAAUUUGAACCAGCAAGGUACCUCCCCUUCCCUCAGGAAUAACUUAUUGAUUAAAAUAGAAAUCUGUCACUGAACGGAAUGUUCAUUUUAUGCCAGUUAUUUCAAGUUGUAAAAUACACAGAAGAAAAUACUUUGGAAGGACCUCUCUGUUUCUUUGCCAUCUAAGUUUUUUUUUUUUAAUUUUAAUCUUAAUUUUUUUUUACUUUUUUUUGUCCUUAUGUGGAGUAAGUAAAGGAUCUGAAACUAUUUUGUAUCAACCUGAGAUGCAGGUGGCGGUAAAGCCAAACAACACUUCAAGAUUAGGUAUUCUGCACGUUCAUUCCAAGUUGACAGAUUUUCAAAAGGACUUGGAUUUGAAGAGAUGGUAGAUUAAAGCCAUCUGAAGACCAAUAUAUGGGGGAAAAAUGUGUGUAGCCAAUGUUUAUAUUGUGGCCUCUCUUCAGACGCAUUGGCACUCUAAACUUCAAUCAGUGCAGUGUGAAAAUUUCAGAGUAGGUUACGUAUAGAUUUUACAUUUUUAUUGUUUGAUUUGUGCCCACAUAAAUAGACAUUUCAUCAUGUAAAAUUCCUAUUAUUCUGGAAAAACCUAUUGUUUUGAUCUUGAAUUGUUUUCUGAUUUGGAAUUAUCCUUUCAAAAAACUCUAAAGAUAUCUAGGGCUAAAAAGCACUUCAUGAGAUGCUAAAGCUGACCCACAGGUUGAAAAUGUUGACCCUAUCCUGUUAUUUAAAUGUGAACAUUUAUUGUACAUUCAGUGAGUUAUAGUGUUAAUAGUCUUGUGCUACUCAGCAGGUGUAAAAAUUAAUAAAUAUUUUUUUUAAUAAACAUC